ACUGUCAAACACCCUUCUACAGUUUUUCUCUCUCUUUUGAAACUGGUAACAAAGGGAAAAGAAUAUGAUGCAGUUAUGGUUUACUUUUGAAAAAGGGUGAACAAUGAGUGGCCUAAUUUACGUAUCAACCCUUCUUCAUCGUUCUCUUAAACUCAUGGCUAAGUUUGAGUCAGUGCCAUUUGCUGUUUCAUCAAAUCUUGUUCACAGGCUAGCUUCCCCAGAUUUUCUUGAAUUUGGACAGCAGUAUGGUGUGAUGGAUGAGUUGGAAGCGCUUAUGAAGACAAUUGGAUCUAUCAAUGAUGAGCUCCUUGAUGCUGACCACAAACAAGAUCAAGUUCGCGUGCGUAAUUGGAUAUCUGACUUCAGAGAAGUACUCCAUGCUGCAGAUGACUUCUUAGAUGACCUUGCUAUCGAGUUUAGGAGAGACAAACGGGAUGCAGCAGAAGGAAAAGAAGCAAACAAGGUACUUCUUUCCAUUUCAUCUUCAAAUCAAUUUCCUUUGUACAGUGAAAUGUCUGACAAAAUUAAAGAAAUACAAAAAAGUUUUAACGAUGUAGUAGAAGACAUGGAUAAAUUGAAUUUAAGCCCAAGUUCUGUGCUGGUUAAGCAAACUAACAGUGAAUGGAGGGAAACAUGUUCUUUCGUGUUAGAAUCUGAUAUCAUUGGGAGAGAUGAUAGUAAAAGGGAGAUUAUUAGUCUGUUGAGACAUCCGAAUGAAAACCAAAAAGUUUCUGUGAUUGCCAUCCUUGGCCUCGGUGGCUUGGGUAAGACAACUCUUGCUCAGUUGGUGUAUAAUGACUUGGAAGUGCAGAAUUUAUUUGAAAUGCGAAUGUGGGUGUGUGUAUCUGAUAACUUUGAUGUGAAAACUAUUCUGAAGAAAAUAUUAGAAUCAAUCACGGGCGACCAAGUUGAACUAUCAUUAGGCAACUUGCAAAGAAAACUUCAUGAAAAAAUAAGUGGUAAGAAAUAUUUGUUGGUACUGGAUGACAUUUGGAAUGAGAAACAUGACAAAUGGGUUGAAUUGAGAAAGUACUUGAUGUGUGGCGCUCAAGACAGCAAGAUUUUAGUGACAACUCGAAGUGAAAAUGUAGCAAAGGCAACGUCUGCUAGCACUUCCUAUCCUUUAGAAGGUUUGACUGAUGAAGAAUCUUGGAGUUUGUUGAAGAGCGUUGCAUUUGAGGACGAUUUCAAAGGAGUGAAUCAAAAUCUAGAAUCAAUGGGGAAAGAAAUAGCCAAAAAAUGUAAAGGGGUUCCAUUGGCAGUUAAAACCUUGGGAGGCCUGUUACGAGGACAAAACGAAGAAAGUGAUUGGGAGAAUGUUUUACAUGGUGACUUCUGGAAAUUAUGUGAAGAGCAAGAUAGUAUCAUGCCAAUUCUAAAACUCAGUUACCACAACUUGUCGCCAGAAAUGAGACAAUGUUUUGCUUACUGCUCUUUAUACCCCAAGGAUUCAAAAAUUCAAAAGGAUAGGUUGAUUCAGUUAUGGAUGGCACAGGGUUACCUUAUAUGUUCAACUGAAAAACAGCAGAUGGAAGAUGUCGGUAAUCAAUUUGUAAAGAUGUUUUUGGUGAACUCAUUUUUUCAAGAUGCGGAUAGUGAAUACGGUGAGAUCAUUAGCUUCAAAAUGCAUGAUUUAAUGCAUGAUCUGGCAAUGCUAGUAGCCGGCGGUGAUUAUUGUUAUUUGGAUAGUAAGGCAGAAAAAGUUGAAGGUAGACCCAUGCACGUAUCAUUGGAAUCUUGUGAGGCCAUUCAUUUGUUGAAAUCAUUAGAUCCGACCAGACUGCGAACUUUGAUUUUGCCGUAUGAAUUGAAAGAGGAGGAAUAUUUGUCGGUUAUUGCAAAGUUCAAAUACUUACGUGUCUUGAGGAUGUCAUCUUUUUCCUUCUACAGAUUGUCCGAUUCAAUUGGAGAAUUGAAGCAUUUAAGAUAUCUUGACAUCAUUGAUUAUGGCUUCUUGAGUGGGAUGCCAGUUGGGUUGGGAAAGUUGUGCUGGUUGCAAUUCUUAUCAAUCUUUGUUGUGGGAGACAGCCAAGAAACAAGAUAUGGCACAUUAAAUGAAUUGAAAGACUUAAACCUGAGAGGAGAAUUAAAAAUUCAGUAUCUCGAUCGUGUCAGAGACGUGGCUCUGGAAUCACAUGAUGUAAAUUUAAAAGAAAAAAGAUUCCUUCAAUCCUUGAUUUUGAUUUGGUCGCAUAGAGACAUCCGUAAGAGUGACAGUUUAAAAUUAUUAGAAAACCUUGAGCCCCACCGUACUCUUAAGCAAUUGGAGGUGGGUGGUUAUCCAGGCAUGCGUUUCCCAGAUUGGCUUUCUCUCCUCACAAAUGUUGUUGAAAUUAGUCUCUUUUGUCUUCGUAAUUGUGGCUGUCUCCCACCGUUGGAACGUCUCCCGUCCCUGAAGUCACUUCUGAUGGACUCUCUUUAUGAAUUGGAAUACAUAUAUCUCUACGAAGAUGGUGCAGUAACCUUCUUCCCCUCUUUGGAGAGCCUCUUCUUAAGAGGUUGUCCCAAGCUCAGGGGAUGGCGGAGGCGGGGAGAUGAUAUCAAUGAUUCACAUAAUCUCUCCUCUUCUCUUUCAUUUCCUCAUCUUUCUCAACUAAAUGUUUCAGACUGUCCACUGUUGACUUGCAUGCCAACUUUUCCAAACGCUAAGGAUUUAGGAUGGCUUAAAUGCAGUGCAGAACCAUUAAUAGGAACACUGAACACAACAGAGUCAACACGUUCAGCUGACUCAUCUUCCUCUGCUGCUCCUCUUUCCAUGCUCAAAGAAUUGGCGAUUUCUGAUCAUAUAAAUUUACCAAAGGGUUGGAUGCAAAAUCUGACUUCUGUCGAGUCUCUUGAAAUUAUACGGUGUGAAAGUGAAACACUUGAGGAAUUUGAAGCUGGGUUUAAGCUUGACACCAACUGCCUUCCUCCUCUGCGAAAAAUCAGCAUACGUGGGUGUGAAAACCUAAAGGCUCUGCCAGAUUGGAUUUGCAACCUCUCGUCGCUUCAACACAUCAUAUUGUGGAAUUGCCCAAAACUGGCAUCGCUGCCCGAAGGAAUGAGUGGUCUUACCAACUUAAAGAUCUUUGAGGUUGAGUGCUGUGUCCUCUUAGUUAAAGAAUGCCGAACAGAGACAAGUGUUGUUAGUCGCCAAAUCGCACACAUCCCACAAAUAAUUCUUCAUGAUUAAUGAUAAUAAAGAUUGUGAUAACACGACAAAGGUUGCGACACAUGGAAACUGCAUUUACAUUAAUCACAAAGCUGGUGGACUUACAAAGGAUCAAAUGGGCACAAGCUAUCUUCCACUCAUCAACCCUGGCCAAACCUUCAAUUAUCUUCUGCUGACACUGAUAUAUGGUAUAAAACCUCUUUCUGUCAUCCUCAUUGCAACAGAAUGAGACAGUCAUUGCGGGUACAGAUGAGAGGAGAAUAAGUAUAUAAUUCAGUUCAUACAUACAUUAUAAUACAAAAUAUAUGACUAGAAUCAACACAGCUGUCAUCGGAACGCACAUUGAAAUGAAUUAGCCAAAUGAAUUAGGCAUGAUCUGUGUGUGCCUAGGAGUUGUCAGGUCAAGUAAGAUUUAGUAGAAAAACAUGCCCAAACUAAUAAAAAAUAAUUGGUUUGGAUUGGCUCUGUUUCUAAUUUUUUUUAUCCUGACAAUUAGAAGAGUACCAACCUGACCAUUUUCUGAUUGGUUCAGGUUGAGUCAUUGGGUUAAUUUUUUUUGUCACCGCAUGAUCUGUGUGUGCCUAGGAGUAUUGACCUGUCCUUGUACUUGAUCACUUCCAGGCCUUAAUAUAUUUCUAGCC